AUGCCUUCCGCUCUAGUCUCCGUCGUCUAUCCAAACGAGCCGGACACCAAGUUCGACCUUGACUACUACAAAUCUGAACAUAUCAGCCUCGUCAAUGCGAAGUGGACAAAAUACGGUCUGCAGCAGUAUUGGGUGGCAGAUCUGCGUUCCUCUGGCGGCCCGUACGCUAUCCAGACCACCAUGCUCUGGGAUUCUCUCGAGAGCUUCCAGAAAGCGGCUGGGGCGGAGGAGUCUGCUGCCGUCUUUGCCGAUGUGCCCAACUUCACCAAUUCCAAGCCAGCUAUCCUUUCCGGACCCAUUGUGAAAAGCUCUCUCUAG